AUGCACCGCUUCAGACUCAGCAGCCUGCUCUUGCUGGCAGCCACAUGUGUGCUCAUGGCAUCAGUUGUCUCCACAGAGAGAGUUGCCACUUGUAAUUUUGGCCCCAGGGUCCACCGCCUGAGCUGUGAAAUUGGAGUGAUCAGCGUGCAGGAUGCUCUGUAUGGGCGUGCAAAUACUCAAACCUGCAGCUUAGGCAGACCUGCCAGUCAGAUCCAGAACACACAGUGUGCUCAGGAAGACACAGUGGACCUCAUGAAGUCAAGGUGUAAUGGCAAGAAGGUGUGUGAAUUUAACACCAACAUACUCCACCUUGCUGAUCCCUGCCCUGGCACCCUUAAGUAUCUGGAGACCAACUACACCUGCCUCCCUGCAACUCAUCUUGUCACGUGUGUUUAUUCCCAAGCAUACCUGUAUUGUGAUGAAGGGCAAGUUAUCUAUAUCUAUGGUGCUGACUAUGGACGUCGUGACAAAACUACAUGCGCUUCUGGCAGACCAUGGCUUCAAAUCCAAAAUGUCAACUGCUCUAACUCCACCACUAAAGUAGCCGAAAGCUGCAAUGGGAAGAACAGCUGUGAGAUCUUUGUCAGUGACCAAGUGUUAGGAGACCACUGUACAGGGACUGACAAGUACCUGGAGGUUGCUUACAUUUGUCAAUAGCCUGUGAACUCACAAUAAGAAUCUGAAGACAUGCUAAAAGAAAACAA